AUGAUCUGGCUCCGAACACUUUCUGCAGUUCUCUCCUUCGCAAUUCCGCUGGUCCAUGCCGUCGUUGGGCCCGGAAAAGUAACGGGAAAUACUGCGGUCCACGAUCCGUCGAUGUGCAAGUCCGCGAAUGGGACUUAUUUCGUCUUUUCAACUGGCGUUGGUAUAGAAAUCCGCACGUCACAGGACAGAACUGCAUGGACGCUUAUUGGCUCUGUUUGGCCAAACGGCGUUGAUACCUGGACCAACGCAUAUACAGGAGUCAGCAACGGGGUUCUUUGGGCUCCCGACUGUACAGUCGUUGGAAACACAUUCUAUCUCUACUACGCUGCAUCGACAUUCGGCUCACAAAAGUCGGCCAUCUUCUUCGCCAAAUCUUCUACUGGUCUGCCGGGUAGCUGGACAAAUGAGGGACUCGUUACAAGCACCAGCAGUGGUGCAAAUUACAAUGCCAUCGAUCCAAACCUCCUCAUCGAUGGCAGCAAUUGGUACCUCUCCUUGGGUAGUUUCUGGACCGGUAUAAAGUCGCAAACUCUCAGCUCAAGCACUGGCAAGCCCUCCUCCAGCGCAGUAACUUCCCUCGCUACCCGCACCGCAAACAACGGCGCCAUCGAAGCCAGCGCCGUUUACAAAUUCGGCUCUUUCUACUACCUGUUCACCUCUUGGGACAACUGCUGCCAGGGAACUUCGAGCACAUAUAACAUCCGUGUUGGACGGUCAUCUAGCCCAACUGGCGGAUUUGUUGACCAGGCAGGUGUUUCGCUCCUCAACGGUGGUGGUACCUUGGUUCUCGGAUCCCAUGACAGCAUAAUCGGACCCGGCGGUCAAGAUAUCAUGACGGACAGCGACGGACCUAUUCUCGUUUACCAUUAUUAUACCUCUUCUGGCUCGUUCCUUGGAAUCAACAAACUCUCGUUUGAUUCUGGCUGGCCGGUUGUAGUAUGA